GUUUGGUGUGUUGUGCGAGUUAGUUUCCGCCGCCGGGACAGAGGCGCCGGCCGGGCUGGGCCGCACUCGGGAAAGAGCCGCACGCUGAGAGUUGUUUUGCCAGUUGCUGCGGCUGGGUCGGUUUCCCUGCCGAGGGGCGAGAAGCACCGACCACAGCAAGGACGAGACGCGGCCCAGGGAGCGGGGCAUGCGGGGCCGGGAAUCCGGGCUCUGAGCCGCCGAGCCCCGCCAGGAAAGCGCCGGGGGGUCCCGACGGAGCCAUGGAUCCCGGGCAGCCUCAACAGCAGCAGCCGCCGCAGGCAUCGCAGCCCCCGGCCUCGCAGCAGGCACCGCCGCAGCCACCGGGCGCGGUGUCGGGGGCCCCGUCCGGCGCGGCGCAGCCCCCAGGCGCCGGCCCCCCCCCGGCGGGACACCAGAUCGUACAUGUGCGGGGCGACUCGGAGACCGACUUAGAGGCGCUGUUCAACGCCGUGAUGAACCCCAAGGGCGCCAACGUGCCGCACACGCUGCCCAUGCGGCUUCGGAAGCUGCCCGACUCCUUCUUCAAGCCGCCCGAGCCCAAGGCCCACUCCCGCCAGGCCAGCACUGAUGCAGGGACAGCAGGAGCCCUGACCCCACAGCAUGUCCGAGCUCAUUCCUCUCCAGCAUCGCUGCAGCUGGGAGCUGUUUCUCCAGGGACACUUACACCCUCUGGAGUAGUGACUGGACCUGGAGCUCCAGCCUCUCAACAUCUCCGCCAGUCUUCAUUUGAGAUCCCUGAUGAUGUGCCUUUGCCACCAGGUUGGGAGAUGGCUAAGACGCCAUCUGGACAGAGAUACUUCCUUAAUCACAUUGAUCAGACAACAACAUGGCAGGAUCCUAGGAAGGCCAUGCUUUCCCAGAUGAAUGUUACAGCUCCCACCAGUCCUUCUGUGCAGCAGAACAUCAUGAACUCAGCAUCAGGCCCACUCCCCGAUGGAUGGGAACAAGCUAUGACCCAGGAUGGAGAAAUUUACUACAUAAACCAUAAGAACAAGACCACAUCUUGGCUAGACCCAAGGCUUGACCCACGCUUUGCCAUGAAUCAGCGAAUCAGCCAAAGUGCUCCAGUGAAACAGCCACCUCCUCUGGCCCCUCAGAGUCCCCAGGGUGGUGUGAUGGGUGGCAGUAGCUCCAACCAGCAACAACAGAUGAGACUUCAGCAGCUACAGAUGGAGAAGGAAAGGCUGAGACUGAAGCAUCAAGAACUGCUUCGGCAGGUGAGGCCACAGGCAUUGCGGAAUAUCAAUCCCAGCACAGCAAAUUCUCCAAAACAUCAGGAAUUGGCUCUCCGUAGCCAGCUUCCAACAAUGGAACAAGACGGUGGAUCUCAAAAUCCUGUGUCAUCUCCUGGAAUGUCUCAGGAACUGAGAACAAUGACUACAAAUAGUUCUGAUCCCUUUCUUAACAGUGGAACAUAUCACUCCAGAGAUGAAAGCACAGACAGUGGACUUAGCAUGAGCAGUUACAGUGUACCCAGAACCCCUGAUGACUUCCUGAACAGUGUGGAUGAGAUGGAUACAGGUGACAGUAUCAGCCAAAGCAACAUACCGUCCCAUCAGAACCGUUUCCCAGACUACCUUGAAGCCAUUCCAGGGACAAAUGUGGACCUUGGGACACUGGAAGGAGAUGGGAUGAAUAUAGAAGGAGAAGAACUGAUGCCAAGUCUGCAAGAGGCUUUAAGCUCUGACAUCCUUAAUGACAUGGAAUCUGUCUUGGCAGCCACCAAGCUAGAUAAAGAGAGUUUUCUUACUUGGUUAUAGGGGCCUCAGGGAGACUGAAUUCUGAAUCUGUGAAGGAUCUAAGGAGAUUAGGACAUCUGUAUCUGAAGCUCAGACCAAGCCAGUGUGGUACACUUGGGCUUGUGUUCAGAAAAAGUAAAUGAACAAAUACUCAACAAGAUUCUUUUGUUUUGCUCUUCCUUGUCCAUCGCUGCUGUUAUAUAUUGCUGACUUUUUUCCACAGUUGACUCUGAAGAACAGACAUCUGCUUGAUCUUUUUCUAUUGCUGUUGCAACUACUGUUCAAGGGGGGUGGGGAGGGAUGAUGAGCCUAUUUGGAUGACGAGUGCCAUUCCUUUUGUCCUAGUGUGCGCUUGCAUAUCAUUUUAUCUAAGUACUCAGAUUGAGAGUUAAUUUCUGCAUGUCACUGCUUGUAGUUUGCUCAGCUAGUUGUUUGCUGCUGCCUGUGGCAAGUGGUAAAACAUGACAUGCUGGGGUGACAAGCCAAAAAUGAUGUAUCUGGUCAAAAGAAGUCAAUACUGAUUUGGAGAAAUGACUUAAAGGAGGGCUGAAGACUGUUUGGCAUUAAGUGUUUCUACUAGUAGCUCUUUCAUUAGUCACAAAGUGCUCUUGUUCAUAUUUUAUAGUAAAUCAUGAGUCAUUUUACAUAGAAACGUAUAUGAACUUUGAUUGUUGCCACGUAUUCUAGCCUAACUUUUGUUUGUCAGAAAUACUUUGAUUAUUUUUGUUGGUUGGUUUAACUGUAGCUGUAGGAUGGGAAGUAAUUCUAGGUGUUCUUUUUUUUUUUUAUUAGUGAAAUCUAAGUUUUUUUCUGAUUUCACGUAGUCUUAUUUAAAUCUGAAUUGUCUGCUUUUUUUAUACUUAAAACAUGCCUAUUGUAGCCUGGUAAGCUAGUGAGUACGUAAACCAGUAUGUUUUGCCUGUAACUUUUUUAUUGUUUUUAAGGCUAGCUUUGAAUGUAAUCAGUAGAAUUCAUGACCAGUGGCUUAUUUUUCAUGUUUAUUUGCAAGAUUUUUAAUUAGAAUCUGAUUGCAGCAAUAUAAAAGUUAGAAUCCUAGCUGUCAUACGUACAAUUCUUGUACAUACUGUAAAGUAGCAGAAACCAUUUUAAAAUGACAGAUGCAUCUAAUCUCUCUUCUGGUUUUCAGUUUUGAUAUCUGAGUUUAGAUUUUCAAGUCCUUAAUGGGGAAAAAAACUAUGAAAAGUUUCUCAUAAAUUAGCAUGGAAGAAGUAUGAACUAUUAAUACCACUCUUAAGUUGCAGUGAAAAGGCUAGAACACCAAAAAACAAAUCCUCAAGAAAAAUUAUAAAUGUAAUAGUUAUCAAAUCCUGUUUGGUGAAAAAUAAGCCCUGGACACUAUAUGUAGAAGAAUGUAAAGAUAUGUGUUAGAUGGUGACGUGAGCAGGUAAUGAAGUGUAUAUUAGUGGUAGAGCUUAGUAUGGGGUAGAGGUGAAUAUGAAUUAUCUUUAUUUUACAGGAAAAGAUGUAUCACUAAGUUGUUUGCAGGAGUUGACACAGUUUCCAAAGAGUAUUUUUAAAUGAACAAAAUGAGCAUGAAUCAAACUUUCAGUAUAAGCUAUGAAGUAUUGUGGGGUUUUAGGGUAUUUUUCUGAUGAAAAACAGUGUCACCAGUUAACACCUCUAUAACUAAGGGCCUGUCACCAUCCUCAAUAUGAGCCUUUAUUUUCAAGGGUGUUUAACAUGACUAUAAAUAUACUGUAAUCAUGAAACUUGGUUU